CACGAAUCUGUUUCACACAUGUGCGAGUUGGCCGCAGCCAUUUUGGAAUUUGGGGAAGACCACGGUGUCAGGACGGCUGGUCUUCCUAUUGUAAAAGAAGUCGUUGGAGCCGAUUUUUACUUUAUAUUGACCAGGAAGCUGCACAUGCAUUAAGAAAUCAUGCCUACCUACUUUCAACGACCGGAAAACGCCCUGAAAAGGGCAAAUGAGUUCAUUGAUGUUGGGAAGAAACAGCGGGCUUUGGAUGCACUCUCUGACGUAAUCAAAAGCAAAAAACAUCGAACAUGGCAGAAAAUUCACGAGCCCAUUAUGGAGAAGUACCUCCAGCUGUGUGUGGAGCUACGGAAAAGUCACCUAGCCAAAGAAGGGCUGUACCAGUACAAAAACAUCAGUCAGCAGGUGAACAUAAAAGCAUUGGAAGAUGUAGUCAGGAAGUACAUCAGCCUGGCUGAAUCUAAAACUGAGGCCGCCAGAGCGGAAUCCCAUCAAGCUGUGGUCGACAUUGAUGACCUCGACAACCCAGACACUCCAGAAAGUCUGCUAUUGAAGGCGGUUAGCGGUGAGGACACCCAGGACAGGACUGACAGAGCCAUCCUGACCCCCUGGGUCAAAUUUCUGUGGGAGUCAUACAGGCAAUGCCUGGACUUGUUGCGUAAUAACUCCCGCUUCGAGCGGCUGUACCAGGAAAUCGCACAGCAAGCUUUCAAAUUUUGCUUGAAGUACAACAGGAAAACAGAGUUCAGAAAGCUAUGUGACAAUUUAAGAACUCAUUUGGGUCACAUCCACAAGCACCAGCACCAGGCGACUGCCAUCAACCUAAACAACCCCGAGUCGCAGGCCAUGCACUUAGAAACUCGUCUGGAACAGCUAGACAGCGCCAUCAAAAUGGAACUGUGGCAGGAGGCAUUUAAGGCUGUGGAGGAUAUUCAUGGCCUGAUUCAACUGUCCAAGAAAUCGCCCAAGCCUUCUCUGAUGGCUAACUACUACCAGAAGUUGGGGAUGGUCUUCUGGAAAUCCGGGAAUGGUCUCUUCCAUGCCAGUACACUUCACAGACUGUACACAUUAUCACGAGAACAAAGAAAGAACCUCUCAGCAGAUGAGCUACAAAAAAUGGCUUCCAGGGUGCUCUGUGCCACUCUGGCUGUCCCCAUUCCAGCCUCCAGAAACACCAUUGACCAGCUGUUGGAGAUGGACGAGGCCACAAUGGAGAAGAAGCGGAGAUUGGCCACUCUUUUGAUGUUGAGCAAUGCUCCUUCCAGACAAACGCUGAUCAAGGAAUUGGUGAAGUUUAACAUUAUUCAGUACGUCCACCCUGAGUUGCAGAACCUGUACAAAUACCUGGAGUCCGAGUUUCACCCCCUGAGGCUCUACGACCGUGUCAAGGCCUGCAUAGAGUUCAUCAGUGGCAAUGAGGAACUGAGUCAAUAUAUUCCAGCCCUGGAGGAUAUUGUUAUCACCAGGGUUCUCAAACAGGUGUCACAAGUGUACCAGACCAUUGCAUUCUCCAGGCUGGCUGACCUCAUUCCGUUUGCCUCUAAGUUCCGUCUAGAAAGGGUUAUUGUAGACGCAGCCAAAACUUUGGAAUUACAGGUGAGGAUUGACCACAGGAGCCAAUCACUAAGCUUUGGCACUGAUUUAAUGGUGGCUCAGAAGGAAGAUGUACCAGAGGGACCAUACAUACAGAGCAUGCCCAGCGAGGGCAUACGUAAUCAACUGAUUUCCAUGGCCAGGGCCCUUCACCGUUCAAUUGAAAAGAUCGAACCUAAAGACAGAAAGUUACAGAGACAUGAACUUCAGAUCCAGAUCGCCAACAGCUACAGAAUGACAGCUAAGAAAGAACACCAGAGGAUUUUACAGAGACGGCAGAUUAUAGAGGACCGAAAGGAGCAAUUGGAGCACCUUAAUGACCAGAGGGAAAGAGAGGAACAGGAGCAGAUCGAGGAACAGAGAAAAAAAGCAUAUGACGCGGAAAUGGCUCGUCUGGAACGUGAAGCUAAAGAACGAGAGAGGCUAAGGAAGAUUGAAGAGCACAAAGAGAUUCAGAAAAAGCAUGCAAUGGAGAGGAUUGAACAGCUCAAAAAGACAGACAUUGGGGCUAAGGUCCUGCAAAACUUAGAUGAAGAGGACUUUGCCACUUUGGACGUAGAAGACAUUAUGGCUAAACAAGUAGAACAGCUAGAAAAAGAGAAAAAAGAACUGAUGGACCGGCUCAAAAACCAGGAAAAAAAGAUUGACCAUUUUGCUCGUGCCAAACGACUGGAAGAAAUUCCUGUGUUGGCAAAACAGUACGAGGAGGAAAAGAAAAUGGCCCGGGAGUUCUUUGAGCAGCAAGAGGCAGAAAAGAUUGAGCAAUUGAAGAAGGAUCGCCAGCUGGCGUUAGCCAGUCAAGAUCGCUUGAGUAGGAUGAAGACAGAAAAAGAUGAGUUCCUAAAUCUCCUGAGAGGGCAGAGAAAGGAAAUCUUCAAGAAAAAGUUGGCCGAAUUCGAGUCUAAAAUAACAGAGGAGAGGAAGAAGAGAAUGUACGAGAGGAAGGAAAAGCGUAGGGAGGAAAGACGACAAAAGUGGCUGCAGGAGAAGGCAGAGGAGGAACAGAGGCGAAGGGAUGAACAGCUCAAGAGAGAUCGAGAGGAGAAAGAAAGAGAAGAGCAAGAGAAGAUGGAGGCAGAAAAGAGAGAAUAUGAAGCUAGACUGGCCAAGCUGGAGGAGCAGGCAGAAAAGCAGAAAAGGAGGGAGAGGGAAAUUGAGGAAAAAGAGGCCAAACGCCGAGAGGAGAAUGAUAGCUCGAGGGACGACCAAAAAGACGACAGAAGUAAGCCAAUGGGAUCUGGGCGUCCAGGAGAAAGGAGUGGCUGGCGAGAGCGUGAGAGAGAAAGAGAUGAAGAGAACAAAGAUGGCAAAGCCUGGCGACCAUUGGGAUCCAGAGAAGGGGGCGGUUGGAGGGAGAGGGAAAAACAGAGAUCAGAGAGCUGGAAGAAGGAGUCGACUCCCACUAAACCAUAUGAUGAUGAAGAGGAGCCCAGAGGGGACAGCUGGAGGGACAGAGAGCGGGCUGGAAUCAGAGAUGACCGGCCACCAGCUAGAGGUUCCUCACCCCCACGGGACAGUUGGAGGAGCCGAGGUGAUGAUAGAGGCCCAUCAAGGGAGAGUGGUGAUCGAGGUAACUUUGGAGAUCGCAGAAGAGAUGAUCGUGAUUUUGGGAGAAGAGAAGAUAGGGACUUUGGAAGAAGGGAUGACAGAGAUUUUGGAAGAAGGGAUGACAGAGAUUUUGGAAGAAGGGAUGACAGGGACUUUGGAAGAAGGGAUGACAGAGAUUUUGGAAGAAGGGAUGACAGGGAUUUUGGUCGGAGAGAUGACAGAGAUUUUGAUCGUCGUCCAGCUCAAAGAGAUACUGGCGAUCGGGACUUUGGAGAUAGAAGAGCUCCACCAAGAGAAGAUCGCUGGAGGUCAGACAGGGAUCGUGAAGGGUUUUCUGACCGAGCGCCAGCUAGGGAUGGCAGAGAUUGGGGAAGAGGAGGAAGGGAUGACCGCUAUGGAGAAGAACGAAGAGGAGGAGAUACCUGGAGAGACCGACGCAAGGAUGAUGGUGAGGAUAGAGGAGGAGCGUGGAGAGGGGGAGGAAGAGGUGGAGGAGAGGCAUGGCGGGACCGCACAGGAGAUAGAGACAAGGACACCUGGAGAGGCCGCGAGGAUCGAGGCAGAGACGACCGUCGUGAUGACUCCUUCAGAAGAGAUGAUGCCCCUUCGAGCGGUGAGAGAGGGGGAAGAGGAUGGAGAGAUAAGCAGCAGUCAGACAGCGGAGCCAAGAGAACGGAGGGUGAGGGAGAUGAAGGAUGGACCACUGUUCGCUAUUAAAACCACCACAGUCACUGUCAUCGGCGCGGAGGUAUCACGUGAUCAGUGAUGUGAAUAUUGCUCUGCAACGGGAAACAAUUACUAAUUUAAAAGCAUUGUACAUAAUACUGUAUUUUACACUGCUCUUGUCAUGUACAGAUGAUCAUGUAUAUUGUGUAUGCUGUGUAUUUUGAAUUCAUAUAUACUGCACUACACCAUUCUGUUAAGAAAACCUGAUGUAGCCGAUUAUGAAAUUAUUGACUAUUUGCAAAUUUUGUUAUGUAUCAAAGUUUUAAUCUUGCUGAUAUGAUAAAUUCUUUGAAGAAUUCUGA